UAAUGCGUGUAGUGUCUCUUUACUUCCAAAAGAAGAAAACAGUUUUCUGGGUCUCCUUCGAGUUAUUCUUGGGUUUGAGUUUUAAAAACGGUGCAAGCUCUCCAAGGGACGAUUGGUGGACAGCUAAAGGAACUGGUUUAUUCAUAACCGAUGACUUAAUGGUGAAUGUUCUGCAGUGGAAACACACUUGUCAAGAGACUGGCUUGUGUAAUCAUCUUGAGUAACUUGUCAUUUCCACAGUGUUUGAUUCGCACGGACACGUUAGCUGCAUGCAUUAUUACACUGUGGUGUAUGUACUUCGGUUUGUGUGGUUUGAGGGGAGAUGUCACAUUUUACAGGUUUGAACUACUAGUGACCAACUCGUGUUCGCAUGGUCACCGCAAACCUCUCUUUAACUUGUGUUGAGCACCACACUGGAGACAAGGCCGUGAAGGUUAUGCCAAAUACAGCAGCGGAGUAAACCCAUGCCUACCUCGUAAGUGACUUCAACGACAAUCUGAUUUUUGUUUUUUUUUCUUGAGAUUUGUUAAAGUCGAAAACAAAACUCAAAACUUCUCCUGUGAGCGCUGAUCACAUUCAAGUUAUUCAUCCGUGCGCCAGCUGAGCCUUCACACACAAUGUCUACCACCGCGACCAUCUGCCUGUGGGUUCUGACUUUCACGGCGUGUUUGCCGACAGUCGCUAAAACAAACUCCCUCCCGAUCCGAGAGACCCCGUCGCAGCUAAGGUUCGUCAAGCAACCAAGCAACAUUCACGUCGACCAAAACGGCCGGGUGCGCCUCCGCUGCCGGUUCCACGGGCUCGAACCGCACCACAUCGUCACAUGGACCAAGAACAACGAUACCAUCAGCCGUGACAGGGCGCUGGUAACCGGGGAGCAUUUUUCUGUCGACCCGCUCCGGUACUCCGUUAUCGGUGGAUACAGAAAAGGGUACUCCGAUCUAAGGAUACAGAGCGUCAUGCGGUUUGAUACGGGUAAUUACACGUGUAGAGUUUAUGCUGGACCUUCUAAGAAUGCCACUGCUAGCAGCAUGGGAGCAAUGCUGCUGCAGUCUAGAAUUAGCCGGGUGACAGUGUACUAUCUACCCCCAAUGUCAUACCCGGAAUGCCCGGUUGAGAUGAGAUACAGAGAACUCCAAGUUGGGGAGGUGGUUCCGGUCUGCCACUCCCAGAAGGGCUUCCCGGCGAUACGUCUCCACCUGGAACGCCCGCAGGACGAGAGUCGAGUCGCCAUCGACACGACGAGCGCCUCGGACUUUAUCUUCGUCACUCUGAAUAUAACAGAAUCUGAGAAUGGGAUGAUUUACUGGUGUAGAGCAACCAGCGAUGCCUUUCCGUACUUCAACAACAACCGGUGUCAGGUUGGGCCGUUGACGGUCGUCCACAAGCCCCGCGCUAUCAUCCGACCGUUAAAAUACGCAAUCCACGAAAAGGACGAUGCCGUUUUUGUGUGUGAAAUCGAAUCAAGCCCCGAUCCCGCUCAAGUUAUCUGGACCAUAUAUCCCCCCAUUGAAUCUCAUCGAGUCGAGUUAUUCGAUAAUAACAGGACGCUUCAAAUCAAGAAUAUUCACAGUAACGAUGACGGGCGACUGAUGUCUUGCACUGCUGUCAACACCCAGGGGAAUGACACUGCACAUAGGGUGCUAGCCGUGAGACAACCACAGUUUAAACCUCAGCUUCCCAUUGAACCACUCCACCAUGCCCCUUCUUAUCCGUCCAACCGAACAACCGACCGGGGCAAAACGUCGUAUUGCUCGGCGGUCUUCGCCUACCGCGUCCUGGUCCCAAUGCUGGUCGGUAUCAUCCUCCUACUCCUGAUCGCCAUCAUGGCUCUCAUGGUCCGAAGCAGACUCUGGAUCUUCACGAAGCGGCUGGACGAGCAUAGCGCCCAGACGGAAUUCACGCGACCACUCACUGAGUAUGAGUUCCAACCGGCAAUGCUUCCCAUUGACAAUAAACAGACCAAACUGAGCAUCACAUGAGCGGAGUUUCCUCAGACAGCCCUAGAAAAGCAGUUUGUAUUCGUAGUUUUGUAAUCUUAUGUUUUUGAACAGUAAAAGAACUGUCAUCAGGCCUGCCGUCGAUUUCACAAAGAGUUUAGGACUUGUCUUAUCUCGAGUUAG